UGACAUUUAAUGUCGCUAAAUUUUACGUAAAUUCUUAAAGUUAUAUUCGGAAAUUAACUUUAAGGAAGUGAUAAAAAAUGAGAGAAAUCAUCAGUGUACAAUUGGGACAUUGUGGCAAUCACAUUGGACUUAAAUUUUGGGAAACUAUUUGUGACGAACAUGGAAUUGAUCAAACUGGAAGUUUUAGAGGAGAAUCUGAUUUGCAAAGUGAACGACUGAAUGUAUACUUCAAUGAAAAUUCAUUAAGCAGAGGCAGUAAAUAUGUACCACGAGCCAUAAUGGUAGAUUUAGAAAGUUCUACAGCGGAUGCAAUACGUUCAUCACAAUAUGGUCAAAUAUUUCGGCCAGAUAAUUAUGUAUCAGGCUCCGCAAGCGCCGGUACAAAUUAUGCAAAAGGUCAUUAUACAGAAGGUGCAGAAUUAAAUGAUACCGUGUUAGAUAUUAUUCGACGAGAAGCAGAAAAUUGUGAUUUUAUCCAAGGAAUACAAAUGGCACAUUCAAUUGGUGGCGGAACCGGUUCCGGAAUGGGGGCAUUAUUAUUAGCUAAUAUUAAACAAGAGUAUAAUGAUAGAAUAUUAACAACAUUUACAGUAUUACCCACACCAAAAGCAGAAAAUUCACCAGUUGAACCAUAUAAUGCUGUAUUGGCACUUGCAAGUAUGGUGGAAUUAACAGAUGAAACAUAUUGUUUAGAUAAUGAAGCUUUAUUUAACGUAGUUGGAAUUCAUACAAGGGGUUCGACGCAAGGAGCUUCCGGUGGCUCAUACGAUGAUUUAAAUCAUUUAAUUUCAUGCGUAAUGUCUGGAAUCACAACAUGUUUCCGGUUCCCAGGACAAUUAAAUACUGAUUUACGUAAAUUAUCCGUAAAUAUGGUACCAUUUCCGAAUUUACACUUUUUUACAUCAGGUUUUGCACCAAUAAUAUCACGUGGUACAAGUCAAUUAACUAAGCAAGUGACUGUACAAUCACUGACGCAACAAUUAUUUGAUCCAAAGAACAUGAUGACUGCAUGUGAUCCACGGCAUGGUCGUUAUUUAACGACUGCGUGUAUAUUUCGUGGUCGUGUUAGUACAAAAGAGGUUGAUGAACAAAUGUAUCAAAUGCAAAGUAGAAAUGCAUCAAAUUUUGUUGAAUGGAUACCAAAUAAUAUAAAAUCGGCAAUUUGUGAUAUACCACCUAGAGGAUUAAAAUUAUCUGGCACAUUCAUUGGUAACAAUACAGCAAUACAGCAAGUAUUUAAACGAAUACAAGGGGAAUUUCAAUCAAUGUUUAAACGUAAAGCCUUUUUGCAUUGGUACACUGGCGAGGGUAUGAGUGAAACAGAAUUUGUUGAAGCUGAUACACGUUUGACGGAAUUAAAUUCGGAAUAUCAACAACAUCAAGAAGUAAGUGCUGAGGAAUUGGAUGAGGAUGAACGAGAUGACGGUGAUGAUGGUGAAGAUGGUCAAGAUGAAAACUAGUACAUGAAUUUGUUUAAAAUGAAUUCGUAGAGUAUUUA